CCUCCAGCGGACCCCCUCGCGCGGCACUUGGGGCGGCACGGGCAGCGGGCAUGGAUAGCCAGCGCUGCUUCGCCAACCGCUUCGAUGACUACCAGGGCAGCCUGCUGGGGGGCCAGUGCGAGGAGACGGUGGCGCCCUUGGUCACUGCCACCAUCGAGCGCAUCCUCCAGGAGAUCCCCCCGCUCGGGGGCGGCGCCGAGGCCGGCGGGGCGGCAGCCGCGGCCAGCUGCUGCCAAGGGGGGCUGUACAGCGGCGUGGCCGGGGUGGCCUAUAUGCUCUUCCACGUCUCACAGAGCCCACUCUUGGCCGCGGCUCGAGAGCGCUACCUGCGCUCGGCCAAGCGCCUCAUCGACGCGUGCGCCCGCGCCGAGGAGUGGGGCGAACCGGACGCCGACACCCGCGCCGCUUUCCUGCUCGGGGGCGCGGGCGUGUACGCCGUGGCCACGCUCGUGUACCACGCCCUGGGCCGGUCUGACUACGUGCAGCCGCUGGCCAAGUUCCGGGCUCUGUGCGCCGUCUGCGCGCCCGUCUCCUUCCUCGAGUGCGGCUCCGACGAGCUGUUCGUCGGCCGCGCGGGCUACCUGUGCGCCGCGCUCGUGCUCAAGCAGAAACUCGCCCAGGAGAUACUGACCCCAGCACAGAUCAAAUCAAUUUGCCAGGCAAUUCUGGACUCUGGGAAGCAAUAUUCCAUAAAGAAACGGAAGCCAUUCCCUCUUAUGUAUUCUUACUACGGAACUGAGUACUUGGGAGCAGCUCAUGGCCUGUCAUCCAUUCUCCAGAUGCUUCUUUCUUAUCAUGAGCACCUGAAGCCCUCUGAUCAGGAGCUGGUUUGGCAGAGUGUGGAUUUCCUUAUGGAGCAGGAACAGAACUGCAACUGGCCACCUGAACUGGGUGAAGCCAUCGAGAGAGAGAAUGAGCUCGUGCACUGGUGUCAUGGUGCCCCAGGAAUUGCCUAUCUCUUUGCCAAGGCUUAUCUGGUUUCCAAGAAACCACAGUACCUGGACACAUGCAUUCGGUGUGGAGAACUCACAUGGCAGAAGGGCCUGCUGAAGAAGGGGCCAGGAAUUUGCCAUGGCGUAGCUGGCAGUGCCUACGUCUUCCUGCUGCUGUACAGACUCACAGGAAACUCUAAAUAUAUCUACCGAGCCCAAAGGUUUGCUGAAUUUUUAUUUACUGAGGAAUUCAAGUCUGGUUCUCGGGUCCUUGAAAGUGUGUACAGCUUGUAUGAAGGCUUCUCUGGAACGGUGUGCUUCCUGAUUGAUCUGCUGCAGCCCAAUCAGGCAGAGUUCCCUCUCUUCAGCGUCUUUGUUUAGAAGGUUCCAUCUCCCAUUCUGGCCCUGCAGAAUGUCCCUGAUAUUUCCUGAUCACACUUAAGGCAAUUGUCACAUAAACCUCAUUAUGGUAUCACAACCAUGAGCCUUAACAUUGCCACUUAAGGGAAGGAAGGGAGUAGGCAGGUGAAGGCAACAUGAUACCAUACUUUAGGGGAAAUAGUUUGAGAACCUGCAAAGUAAUGACACCAUAAAAAUCUUCUUAAACACAUAGAGAUUAAUUAUUUUGAACAGUAGAUGUGAAUCCAGAGAUCAGAGAAAAAAGGGAAAGAGAAAUGUUUUUCAGUUAUGGCAUAGAAAUGAAAUGUGGACUAUGGGAAUGAAAUGCCAAUGCCAUUGCAAUUGGAAUUUGAUCAUUUCUGUGUUCUCUCCAACACUAAAUGCAGAUACAAGGACAAAAUUAAAACUGAAAGCCAAAAACUGGAACGUAUUGCCCAAUUGAAAAUGGUUAGGAGGGGUGAAAUGUCUGGUUGCUGAAGGACAAAAAAAUUAAUUUUGGUUGUUCUAUGCCUUACUGAAAUUCAUGAUUUUUACUGAAUGGUUUAAUUUGCAUAUAACAACUUAUUUUUAUCAUUAACCUGGGAACAUCAAAGAGUCCAUAUCAUAACUUAAUUUAACCCUGAAAUUCAAAUUUUCCUUAGAUCUUAGAGUAUCUCAUUUCCUGGUUCCUUUUUCUUUCCUAAAGCUCAAUUAGAAUAUUAAAAUUCAUAGACUAGCAAGUACUGUAGCAAGUGUUGCUAUCUAAUGUGUUGUUCUCAAUUUGAAGUGUGAGUUGUGUAUAGUCUGUUGUUAGUAAUUUUUCAAAUGUGUGUGUAAUCCUUAUGAUGCUAUUAGCUGAAUUUUAAAAUGUACUUGUGGUAAAGAUCACUCAUCUCUAAGAACAGAAUAACUAUCCAAAGGGGUGUUGGUUCUGCCUUUGAUGGAAUACUGUGUUCCCUAGGAUUGAGAAGCGCUCACUGAAAAAGUGGCCAAUAAUUGUGAAAAGAACUUUGCUCAAUUUUAUACUGUUAGAUUAAGAAAUGAGUGAAGUCCCUGACUGUUCAUCUUACCUUCUAACUUUCAGGCUCUACUAGAAAUUCUCUACAUUAAUCCAAGCCAAGUUGUCAUGUUAAAUCCAACCCUCCUGUAAACAAAAAGAAGUUGUAAAACUACAAGUAAAUAGUAGUUUUCAGAACACUGUAGGAGUAUCUUUCACUUAGAUACUCUGAAGUUUGCCCCUUUCCUUUAAUUUGGUCACUGUCAAUUUGAUAUAUAAGAGAAAAUUGCAUUCUAUAUAAGAUCCAUCAUAGAUGUAGAAUAAAUAUAUGCUAUAUGUAUGACAGAAUACAUAUAUGUGUAUAUAUGUACACAUUCUUCAUCUACCCUCCUGUAAUCUCAAAGUUAUUUAG